AUGGCUUCCCUCAAAGCUCACCACCAUCCCAACGUUGACGUUGUUACUUCAAAGAUUGAAUUCCAAGGGAGAGCUCUUCUUCAAUGGAAGGCCACCCUUGAGACACAAGAACUUCAUAACACCUGGAUAUCAAAGACCAGUCCAUGCAAUUGGACUGGAAUCACUUGCAGAAAUGAUGGUCAUCUCAUGCCAAACAUCACUAAGCUCCAACUGAGAGAUUUUGGACUAGAAGGAAAGCUGGAGACUCUCAACUUCUCUGAUCUACCAUCACUCAAAGUUCUCGACCUUAAUGGCAACCGCCUCUAUGAAUUUAUCCCUGCAACCAUUUCAGUUCUCUCCAAGCUCAUCAUCCUUGAUCUUGCUAACAACAGUCUCACAGGCAUCAUCCCUUUAGAGCUUGGUAAUUUGACAAGGCUCAAGACCUUGUGGCUCGCUACAAAUCAGAUAAGUGGCUCCAUACCUCUUUCUUUUGGAAACUUGUUGAACCUGAAUCGGUUAGCCAUCUCCAUAAAUUCAUUGGUUGGUUCCAUCUCUUUAGAGUUUGGAAACUUAACCAAACUCAAUAUUUUAUACUUAUGGAGCAAUAACUUCACUGGCUCCAUCCCCCCUGAGAUUGGAUAUAUGGUGAAUCUUAAGGAAUUUGAUAUCUCUAGCAACAAUAUAACAGGUUCCAUCCCUCCAAACAUAGGGAACUUGACUAAGCUUGAAACCUUCAAGUUAGAUAUUAAUAACAUAAAUGGCUUCAUUCCUUUUGAGAUCGGGAAUCUAGUGAAUUUCAAAAUAUUUGAUAUAUCUUACAAUCAAAUCACUGGUCCCAUCCCAUAUAGCACUAAAAACUUAACCAAGCUUGAAAGGUUUUACCUGCAUGACAAUAACAUAAAUGGCUCCAUUCGUGAGAUUGGGAAUCUAGUGAAUUUAGGAAAUUUUGAUGUUUCUAACAACCAAAUAAUUGAUUCUAUCCCACCUAGCAUUGGAAAUCUAACAAAUCUUGAAUUGCUUUACCUAUAUGGCAAUAACAUUAGUGGCUUCAUUCCUAGUGAGAUUGGGAAUCUAAUAAACUUGACAGUGCUCCAAAUAUUUGACAAUCAAUUAAGUGGUCCCAUCCCACAUGGCAUUGGUAGGGAUAUGCUUGACAUCUCUUCCAACAAUUUAGUGGGAAAAAUUCCAAGGGAGUUGGGAGCCAUACCACCAGAAUUUGGGGAUCUAUCUUCAUUAGAAGUUCUAGAUUUGUCAAGAAAUAAUUUGAUUGGAGAAAUACCAAUAUGGUUGAAGAAUUGCAUUAAAUUGAGCACACUCAAGUUGAGCAAUAAUCUACUGAAUGGCACCAUCCCUUCACAAAUUGAGAACACUCGCCUCAAAGACCUGAUGGCAAAGAUGGACACCUUGUUACAGGUCAUGGAUCAGCGUGAUAAACGCAUCAAGGUCCUUGAGCAAUCUCUCAUGGCAAUCUCACAAUAUAUUGAAAAUCAACAAGCCCAUUCUUCAGUAAUGGUAGUGCAACCACCAUCACGCUCAACAGCUGAAGGUUCACACGCAUCUGAGAGCAGGGCCAUCCAACCAAGUCUUGCACGAUCACUCCGUCUGGAUUUUCCAAGAUUUGACAGCUCUGAUGCACUCCAGUGGAUAUUUAUAGCAGAGCAAUUCUUCGACUUCUAUGACAUCUCCGACCCAUACCAUCUGAAGAUUGUAGCUGUACACAUGAAGGGGAAGUCAUCCCAUGGUUUCAAAUGCUGCAGAAAGCUGGUGAGCUUCUUUCUUGGUCUUCCUUGGCUAGGGCCAUUGAGACUGCAUAUGGUCCGUCGGUCUUUGAAUGCCCGUGCUAUGCGUUAUUCAAGCUACAACAACAUGAUUCAGUUGCAAGUUAUUAUUCGACAUUCCUUGCCUUAG